AUGGCGGCGGGGGCGGCGUCGCGUCGCCAGUGGUGCUACCUGUGCGACCUGCCCAAGAUGCCGUGGGCCAUGGUGUGGGACUUCAGCGAGGCCGUGUGCCGCGGCUGCGUCAACUUCGAGGGCGCCGACCGCAUCGAGCUGCUCAUCGACGCCGCCCGCCAGCUCAAGCGGGGCCACGUGCUGCCCGAGGGCCGCUCGCCCGGGCCCCCCGGCCACAAGCCCGGCGGCGGCGGCGGCGGCGGCGGCGCAGCCUCCAAGGAGCCCGGCGGGCCCCCCUCCUCCGCCGGGGAACCGGGCCGGGACCGCUACGGCGGCGAGCGCGCCCGAGGGGGCGGGCCCAGCGCCGCCGGGGCCCCCGUCGAGUACAGCCUGAGCCCCAGGCUGCCCAACGGGCUGGGCCGCAACGAGGAGGGCGAGGGCGGCGCCAGUCGCCACAGCCCCACGGCCCGGCGGGCCCUGGUGGGCCCGGUGCCCGCCGGCCUGGUCACCCCGGGGCUGCUGGCGGCCGUGUCCGGGCUGGGCGGGCGCGGGCUGGCGCUGCCCGCCCCGGCCGGGCCCGGGCGGCCGGCCUACGGCGACUUCGAGAAGGAGAAGCAGCGCAGCGCCGAGUGCCUGGCGGAGCUGAACGACGCCAUGCGAGGGCGGGCGGAGGAGUGGCACGGGCGCCCCAAGCCCGUGCGCGAGCAGCUGCUGGCGCUCUCCGCCUGCGCCCCCUUCAACGUCCGCUUCAAGAAGGACCACGGGCUGGUGGGCCGCGUCUUCGCCUUCGACGCCGCCGCCCGCCCGCCGGGCUACGAGUUCGAGCUGAAGCUGUUCACGGAGUACCCGUCCGGCUCGGGCAACGUCUACGCCGGCGUGCUGGCCGUGGCCAAGCAGAUGUUCCAGGACGCGCUCAAGGAGCCGGGCAAGGUCAUCUCGUCCGGCUUCAAGUACCUGGAGUACGAGAAGCGGCACGGCUCCGGCGACUGGCGCCAGCUGGCCGAGCUGCUGACCGAGAGCGUGCGCAGCUUCAAGGAGCCCGCGCCCCCCGAGGCCCUGCCCCAGCAGUUCCUGGACGGGGCCUGCGCCGCCGCCGCCGCCGCCGCCGCCGCCGCCGGGGGGCCGCCCCCCGCCCUCUGCGGCCUCCGCGGCCCGGCGCUGGCCCGGCCCCCGCCCCCCCGCCGCCGCCGCGCCUCCCCCGAGCCCGAGGGCGAGGGCCCCGGCAAGCUGACCGGGGAGGAGCAGCAGCAGCGGCAGCAGCACUGGGGCCUGUACCCGGGCCUGGCGCCGCUGGCCGAGGCGGCCGGGGCCCCCACGCCCAUCGCGGCGCUGAAGAACGUGGCGGACGCCCUGGGCCAGUCCCCCAAGGAGUCCAACGCCGUCCACUCGACCACGCCGGGCGGCCGCCAGAGCAGCGCCAGCCCCGUCAGCCCGGCCCAGCACCGCCUGGUCACCCGCAACGGCGACCUGCCCGCGCCCUCCUCUUCCUCCUCCUCCUCCUCCUCCUCCUCCUCCUCCUCCUCCGGCUCCUCCUCCUCCGCCGCCGCCUCGGUGGCCUCCUCGGCGGCGGGGGGCGGGCACGGGCAGGAGGCGGCCGGGGUGCCCGACUCGUCCGGCCCGGCCCCCGGCGCCCCGCUCUGCUGCACCAUCUGCCGCGAGCGGCUGGAGGAUACCCACUUCGUGCAGUGCCCGUCGGUGCCCGGGCACAAGUUCUGUUUCCCCUGCUCGCGCGAGUUCAUCAAGGCGCAGGGUCCGGCCGGGGAGGUCUACUGCCCCAGCGGCGACCGUUGCCCCCUGGUGGGGUCCAGCGUGCCUUGGGCCUUCAUGCAGGGGGAGAUCGCCACCAUCCUGGCCGGAGACGUCAAGGUCAAGAAGGAGCGUGACCCCUAGGGGCCCGCCUGGCUGCUAAAUUAUUCUCCCCUCCCGUCCCCAUCCG